AUGCUGGAUGCAGCAACAAUCUGGGUUGAAUGUUCUUCCAACGUGCGCCCUUGUGUACUGGGCCCUGUGGUGGAUACAUUGCCUCAGUCCCAAAGAACUUCUUUGUUCCAUAGAAGUUGCACUGAUGGCGGUCCAGUGCCGGUUGCUGUGCUGACAGGGGCCGGCUUGGUGCUGGUUGGGAGCACUUGUGGCACCAGGGGGAGCUUUCUGUUGCUGCUUGGUGGUGUUGAGGCUCCAAAGGUGGCAAUGGAGCAGGGAGCCACCGCGCCAAAAGCAGAUUGGGGGAGCUUGGCCUCACUGCUGCUGGAGCACGUGAGUGAGAUGAUGAGGAGGAACGAUGUCGACUUGCUGCCAGUCAUAAAAUCGGCCAGACUGGUCAACAGGCACUGGUGCCGCUGGGCAAGUGAACUGGUGACAGCUAUUUGCUCAAGCCAGGUAUCCCCUGAGCGAAUUGCAGUCAAGAGUCCAAGCAGUUUCACAAGGGUGCAGAAGCUGUGGUUUCGGGAGGGAGAGAGGCCCAGUGUUGCUGAUCUAAUCCUGGCUCCUCAGUGGGUGCAGGCACCCGCUCUCCAAGAGUGUUGCGAUGCUCAACAUGCUUUGGCAUGCCUACAAGGGCUGAGCCACCUGACCCAUUUGGAAUUCAGCAGGAUAUUGUUCAUGGACUCUGAUUUUGAGCAUUUGGCAAGACUGUCCGAUCUCAGACGCCUGGACCUGCCCCACUGCAGAUGGAUUUCAGAUGCAGGCUUGGAACAAAUCGCCAAGCUGACAUCCUUGACUCACUUGGAGAUCGGCUCCUGUAAGAAGUCCAUAACGGAUGACGGCCUGCGCUGGUUGGCGCACUUGACCUGCCUUGAGCAGUUGCGACUGCAGAAUCUGCUUGGAAUCACUGAGGCCGGCAUGGUACACUUGACCACGUUGACUUGCCUAAAGCGCCUGGCAGUUCUGGGGAUGGCAAAUGUUGCGAGGGACAGUGUGCUUCAGGUGGGAGCAUUGACUGGCAUUGAAGAGCUGGAAGUGGCACAGUGCAAUGGUCUGCACCUGCAGGGCUUGCACCAGAUCACAGGCCUAGAGAAGCUGACAAUCGAAAUGAAUACCUAUGGCAGCUACUUGGCUGCCAUUGGUGCAUUGACGUGCCUCAAGUUCUUGUGCAUUGGGGACACAAGGGGUCAUUCGCUCAGCGAUGAGGUGUGGCUGGUGGUCAAGAAGCUGGAGGCACUGGAGCACCUUAGGUUGUGCAGGACAAGGACUGUGUGGUUGUGGACACAUAUCGGGAUGCUGAAGUCUCUAAAAGGUUUAAGUAUUGUAAACUCCCGUGGCAGUUUGCCGGCUUGCACUGUGCCCUGUGAGGUCCUUACGGGCCUUGAGUGCUUGGAUCUCAAUGCGGAAUGGAACGAGCCUGGGUGGACAACUGGCGUACUCCAAGGCGUACUCCAAGGCGUGCAGAUGUUGACCAAUCUUCACCGUUUGGGUUUGAGCCAGAGCCUGCAUCUCACUGAUGAGGCACUGUUGGAUGUAGGGGAGCUUGUUAGGCUCAAGCACCUCGACUUGGCAGGUUGCUGCAAGAUUACCGAUGCGGGGGUGGCACAUCUGACGAAGUUGACUGCCUUGGAAGUUUUGAACUUGAGGCAGUGCCAGAGUUUGACGAAUGGCGCUCUGGUGUACGUCGGAGGGUUGGGGGCGCUCAGGCACCUCAGUCUGUCCACGCGUGAUGGAACCACCCAUCGGCCACUGGCUCUGGCACAGAAGCUGACAGCACUUGAGCGGUUCGACCUGUAUGGAGUGGAUUACGUCACAGAUGGCAACAUGGCAGAGGCCGAAAGGCUGUCUUUUCGCAUGCGCGUGUAUCUGUAUGAUGCUGCGGGCACACGGGUGAUGAAGGCCAAUGUAUAG